AUGUUCCUCUACCAUUCAGGCAAGAAGCUCUUGCCGAGCGGCGGCGGUGUCUUCCGUCGAGUUGCCCUGAUGCCCUUCAUGUUCAUUUUCGCCGUCAUUACCAUCUUGGUUCUCCCAGGGUUCCUGGAGCAGAACACGGAAGCAACCUACCCUCCUUCCCUCACUACCACACUGGCGCCCACCACAACGCUUCAGCCCACCCAGGCGCCAUCGGGUCCCUUUGACCGGUACCUCGACUGCCUCGCUGCUCGCAUCAACGUUGACCGCCACACCGCGACGGAGUCCCCCUUCCCCAACGACAACAUCAGUAUCCCGUACAUUGUCCUACCCGUCACAGUAGAGGAGCCCAUGAUGAUAUCGCUCAUGUGCAACCUCACUGUGCACAUUCGACGCCUUGUGUACGUGCAGAACGGCUCCGUGCCCAGCAUGACCGACUUCCUGGACGCCGUCAUGGCCGCCUUCAAGUGGACACGGCGCGUGCGAGUCAUGCGCAAACGCAGCAACUUCGGCUACGCAACCGCACUUAACAUGGCGUUACGCGACUUCCUGCAGCUCCCCUUCGAUGAGGCACCGUUCUUUUUCAUGGCGAACAAUGACGUGCUGCUGCCCGGCGACAUGAUGGAAAAAGCGCUGCCGCUCUUCUACAGCGCAUCCCGCGAAGGCCGCGACGUGCUGAACGCGCUGGAGGCGGAGGUGGCGACGGAGCCAAACGAGCACACGCCACAGCGCUUCCGCGACGUUCCGCUGCGCUCUACAGACGCCCGCCAUGCGUUGGUGACGUCACGCCUGCUGCCCGACCGCAUCCGUUACCAAUCACCGGAGCAGCGCCGUACCGCGUUCGCGGGAUUCUACGGCGAUCUUUACCCGGAUAGUCUUGACCAAACAGCGUUCUGGGCGGUGACCCGACUUGCGCUGGAGGUGACAGGCUACUUCGAUGAGAAUUGUUACCCCGCUUACCAUGAGGACGCGGACAUGAUUCAGCGUCUUCGCCUGCUUGGCUUCAAAGCGCUUCGGGUCUCAGGCUGGGAGGAGACACCGAUGAUACACAUCGUGGGUGGAUCGCAGAUUGCAGCGCUGAAGAGCCUUGCGCUUCCGUUGAGCAAGGAGGCACAGGCCUUCCUGAAGGGAUCCCACGCUAUCAUACGCCGAUAUUUUUCGGCGAGAUACGCAUCGGCGAAGUGUAGAAGCGUGAUGUGGUGUAACUCCACGAGAGCUGCGUCAAACCAGCAGGAUGGCAUGCCGCUGGACGCCUUUACCAUUUACCAACAGCGCGUCUGCACCAUCGAGCAGCUGGAAGAGCAGCUGAUCGACAGACUUAUAGCUGACCCAUCCAUAUCUUCCCCGACCGCCAUUCAAAUGCUGCUCAACGCUGAGCAGGAUCUGGGGAACGUCGAUCGUUUGCUACUCGACGGGACCUUCUACUACCGCAACGGAUCCACCCUGCGCCUCCUGACGGACUGUGCGGCACUGCUGCCCAGCCGCCCACUUUUCAGGUAA